AUGACCCAAUUUCACGCUCUUCUUCUCUCUCGCUCCCUCUCUAGAACUGUGAAGGUCACAGACAAACCAGCAAUGGCGACGAGUGAGGAGAAGACCAACAAUACUAAAGAAGGGAACAACCUACUGGGCUCGCCGACCUUCAAGGAGCUCGAUAAUGGUCGCUUCCAGUGCGUCGAGACUGGCCACCAAUUACUGGCCAAAGACAUUGAAUCCUACUCUCAGAGCAAACGGUGCCGUUUGGGUCUCAUCGAAUUCGCACUCUCUCAUAAGAAGCCUCCUCUCAACAUGUUCAAGCAGGACCCUCUUUCUCGUUCAAAGUUGGUGUGUAAGCUAACCGAGGAUACCAUCAAUAAGUCAGAGGAACACAUUUGGAAGCAUAUUAAUGGGAAACGAUUCCUCAACAAACUGGAAGAAAUGGAAGAACAAAAGCUAACAGUAAAUGAAAUGGAAGAAGAGCUGGAUGAUCACAAACCUGAAAAAGUAUCUAAGCCAGGCAAAGAUGGUGCCAGGAAGGAGAAAAAGGAGAAGAAAAAGAAGAAGAAGAAGGAGGAGGCAAAGGAGGAGGAUGAUGGUGAUGAUGAGAUUAUCUCUGAAAUACCCAAGUCUCCUAGUGAGGAAAAUGAUUCUGAAGAAGCUGAGUUUUGGAUCCCUCCACCAGGAGCACGUUGGGAUUUUGAUGAUGGCGGUGACAGAUGGGGUUCCGAUUCAGAGUCAGAGAGCAAUGACGAGAACAAAAGUGGCGAGGUUGAUGGAAUUGUUGAAGAUGAUGAUGAGGAGUCAGAAGAGAUCUCAAUGCGGACAAAAAGAAUGUCCAUAGAAAUUGGACCAAGCAGCUUUGCAUCCAGAAAGAAGAAGAGUAAAAAGAACACUGCAUGAUCUGACCACCCUUGCUUCAACUUAAAGAGCAUCUGAUGUAGAAAAGUUUGUUCUACCAAAUACAAUGAGUGAAACCUGGUGAAAUUGGAACAAUUUCCAAGGGGUUCAAUAAUACAAAUCUUCUUCCUUGCA